AUGUCCAACAGUCCACUCGUGCUCCCUCGUCCGGGAGCUUCUACAAGUUCUACAACCCCAAUCCCAGCCCCAUCCGAAUCCGCCUUCGUGGCCACCUUCGGCGCCCUCCUCCCCGCAGCCCAGUACCUCCAGACCCCCCACGGCCGCGCCGCAUAUUACUCCCUCCCGCCAUCAUCAACAUCAUCCACAUCCUCCUCCUCCACAAUCACCCGCGUGCUAUUCAUCCACGGCGUCCAAACCCCUGCCAUCGGCCUCCAGCCUCUCGCGCGCGCCCUAUCCUCACGCUUUCCGCACGCACACUGCGUCCUGCUCGAUCUCUGGGGCCACGGGCUCUCCGAGACGCCCGUGCUCCCACACGAGCCGGCGCUCUUUCAUGCACUGAUCCUCGCCCUCCUGACGCAUCUGGACUGGCCCAGCGCGCAUCUCAUCGGGUACUCGUUCGGCGGAUCCACGGUGGCUAGCUUUGCGGCAACGUACCCUGCGCUGGUAUCUUCUAUGGUGCUAAUUGCGCCGGCGGGGUUGUUAAGUGCGGCGAACUUCACUGACGAGCAGAGGGGGUAUCUAGCUGGUGGGGAUGCCGUGCUUGAAGAUAAGGCGCGCGCGUGGAUUCUCGAGUUCCUGGAGGGUGGAGACCUGGUUGUUCCAUCGGACUGGAAGGAGAGGGUGAGUAGGGGGGAGGUUGUUGCUGAGGCGGUGCGCGCGUGGCAGAUGAAGGAGCAUCGGGGGCAUGAGGCGAGUGUGGUGGGUGUGUUUAGGGAUGGAGGCGUGUUGGAUAGACAUGCGGAGUUUGAGGAGGUGGUGAGGAGGGGCGAGGUUAGGGGGUUGAGUGUCCUUGGGGAGUUGGAUGAUGUUUGUAGUGUUGGGGAUUUGGAGAAGGUUGGGAUGCGGAAUGUAGUUGUAGUGAAGGGCGUGGGACAUGCGGUGGUCAGGGAGAGGGUGGAGGAGGUUGCUGGGUUGAUUGAAGAGUUUUGGAAGAUGUUGUGCGUGAUGUGA